CCGCCCGCCCCCGCCCACCCAAUCCUCCCCGGCUGCUGCUCCCCGGCGGAGGCAAGAGGUGGUUGGGGGGGACCAUGGCUGACGUUUUCCCGGCCAACGACUCCACGGCGUCUCAGGACGUGGCCAACCGCUUCGCCCGCAAAGGGGCGCUGAGGCAGAAAAACGUGCACGAGGUGAAGGACCACAAAUUCAUCGCGCGCUUCUUCAAGCAGCCCACCUUCUGCAGCCACUGCACCGACUUCAUCUGGGGGUUUGGGAAACAAGGCUUCCAGUGCCAAGUUUGCUGUUUUGUGGUUCACAAGAGGUGCCAUGAAUUUGUUACUUUCUCUUGCCCGGGUGCAGAUAAAGGACCUGACACGGAUGACCCCAGGAGCAAGCACAAGUUCAAGAUCCACACCUACGGAAGCCCUACCUUCUGUGAUCACUGCGGGUCUCUGCUGUAUGGACUCAUUCACCAAGGGAUGAAGUGUGACACCUGCGACAUGAACGUGCACAAGCAGUGUGUGAUAAACGUGCCCAGCCUGUGUGGGAUGGACCAUACCGAGAAGAGAGGCCGCAUCUACCUGAAGGCCGAGGUCACCGAGGAAAAGCUCCACGUCACAGUCCGAGAUGCAAAAAAUCUAAUCCCUAUGGAUCCAAAUGGGCUUUCAGAUCCGUAUGUGAAGCUGAAACUUAUUCCUGAUCCCAAGAAUGAAAGUAAACAGAAAACCAAAACCAUCCGCUCCACACUCAACCCCCAGUGGAAUGAGUCUUUUACAUUCAAAUUGAAACCUUCAGAUAAAGACCGACGACUGUCUGUAGAAAUCUGGGACUGGGAUAGAACAACAAGGAAUGACUUCAUGGGCUCCCUCUCCUUCGGCGUGUCAGAGCUGAUGAAGAUGCCUGCGAGCGGCUGGUACAAGUUGCUGAACCAAGAAGAAGGUGAGUACUACAAUGUACCCAUUCCAGAAGGGGAUGAAGAAGGAAACGUGGAGCUCAGACAGAAAUUUGAGAAAGCCAAGCUCGGCCCUGCCGGUAACAAGGUGAUCACGCCGUCUGAGAGACAGCCUUCCAACAACCUGGACAGGGUGAAACUCACCGACUUCAAUUUCCUCAUGGUGCUGGGGAAGGGGAGCUUUGGAAAGGUGAUGCUGGCUGACAGGAAGGGCACAGAAGAACUGUAUGCCAUCAAAAUCCUGAAGAAGGACGUGGUCAUUCAAGAUGACGACGUGGAAUGCACCAUGGUGGAGAAGCGUGUCCUGGCCCUGCUGGACAAGCCGCCGUUCCUGACGCAGCUGCACUCCUGCUUCCAGACCGUGGACCGGCUGUACUUCGUCAUGGAGUAUGUCAACGGCGGAGACUUGAUGUAUCACAUUCAGCAAGUGGGAAAGUUCAAGGAACCGCAAGCAGUAUUUUAUGCAGCAGAGAUUUCCAUUGGGUUGUUCUUCCUUCAUAAACGAGGAAUCAUUUAUAGGGACCUGAAGUUAGACAACGUCAUGCUGGAUUCGGAGGGUCACAUCAAGAUUGCCGACUUUGGGAUGUGCAAGGAGCACAUGAUGGACGGAGUCACGACCAGGACCUUCUGCGGGACUCCAGAUUACAUCGCCCCUGAGAUAAUCGCUUAUCAGCCGUAUGGAAAAUCCGUGGACUGGUGGGCCUAUGGCGUCCUGCUCUAUGAAAUGCUGGCUGGACAGCCUCCGUUUGAUGGCGAGGACGAAGACGAACUCUUCCAGUCCAUCAUGGAGCACAACGUUUCCUACCCGAAGUCCUUGUCCAAGGAGGCCGUUUCCAUCUGCAAAGGGCUGAUGACCAAGCACCCGGGCAAGCGGCUGGGCUGCGGGCCCGAGGGCGAGCGGGACAUCAGGGAGCACGCCUUCUUUCGGAGGAUCGACUGGGAGAAGCUGGAGAACAGGGAGAUCCAGCCGCCGUUCAAGCCCAAAGUGUGUGGCAAAGGAGCGGAAAACUUCGACAAGUUCUUCACCCGAGGGCAGCCUGUCCUAACCCCGCCCGACCAGCUGGUCAUCGCUAACAUAGACCAGUCUGAUUUUGAGGGGUUCUCGUACGUCAAUCCCCAGUUCGUGCACCCCAUCUUACAGAGCGCAGUAUGAAACUCACCACGGAAACCAAUGCCUCCCCUGUUCCCAGCACCCCCAGCAGUGGGAAAAGAUCCUUAACCCUAAAAUUUUAAGGCCGAGGCCUAAAAUUUCUUGUUCCAGAUGGUGGCCUGAAAAUUGUAGGGUUAUUAGUUCCAACGUAAGCAACGUCCAGGGUCCCUCUCUUACAACCAAGAACAUGAUCUCAGCGGAAGAUGAUGUAACGUCCAGUGUCCCGUUUUGUAUGUAAGGGUCACCUCUGGCAGUAGGCUAGCUCUUGCUAGAGAGCAGACAGACCCUUGCCCUGUUUUGGUACGACUUGAUAUGUUUUCCACGCCCCCUGUCUGUUGAUUUUCUCCAUCUGGAUCCCCCAACCAGAGAUGUCAAAGUGAGCCACCCCACCCAAUGGGCUGGAAGCGUCUUCACCCAUACAGAUCUUUGGAAAGAAAGAACCAGGCGUCCAGAGAAUGAGCAGGGUGGGACUGAGGGCGAGGGAAUCUCUGAAAUGCCCUCUGCUUCUGUUCUCGGCUCGAUGGAAUAAAUAGUCCCUAGAACCCGGGAAGCUGGGUCCAGCUAGUUCUACGGCACAGCCGGGCAGACCCUCCAUUCCCGCUGACCGUCGUGACCGUGGUCCAGCUUUUUAGAGAGAAAGACAACCUCAGACAAGUGUUGGGUGACUGUCCUCAUGUUUCCUCCUUGGUUGAUAACAAUUUUGAUGCUUGCAUUUCUUUUUUUUAAGAGGCCAAAUCUUCUAAGGACUUUGCUAAACGAGCAUGUGGAAUCAUUUCGAAUCAAGGAUAACCCAGUGUGUGUGUGUGUGUGCGUGUGUGUGUGUGCGCGUGUCCAUUUUAAUCUCUGGGAGAUUAUUCUGCGUCCAGGGUGCCAUCAGCAAUCAUGCCACUGCUUACGAGCAUUGUUAGCCAAGCCCCCACACCCCGACAUUUUGCUACCUGCUCCCUAAGACGCUGAAGUAUAUGCCCUGCCCCCUUUUGUACUUAUUUAUUUGAUAGGCUGCAAUGUCCUUUAUGAGAGUACGAUGUACAGUAACUUAGAGUGUGCGCUCCCGCGUCAGUCUCUGUGGGUUGAGCUCUGUCUCCGGCCCUCGGCCUCCACUUCGGGAGGAAAAGCAGCACAGUUUGGCUUCCCACUUGCGGCUCAUGCUGAAUGACACGCCAGGAGCUGUAGAGUCAGGAAACCUGGAUGCCUGUCCGCUCAAAGGUGUUUUAUUGUUAGAAGGAUUUUAAUAAUGUUUUGCAAAUGCAUCAUGCAAUGAAUUUUGCAUGUUUAUAAUAAACCUUAAUAACGAGUGAAUCUAUAUUAUUGAUAUAGUCGUAUCAAGCAUAAAGAGAGUAUUAUAAUAAUUUUAUAAGACACAAUUGUGCUAUAUUUGUGAAGUCUCUUGUUUCUAACCUGCUUUUAUGGUUAAGUUUUAGCUAAUUCUCUGCUGUCUGCUUCCUCCUCCCCCACCCCUUCCCUCCCUGGCACAUUGUAUCAGAUAUAUUAAUUUUUUAUCAUAGAUCUAAUUUCAAAACAGAAUGGCUACUUUACAUGAUCAUUUAGACAUACAUAUAUAUAUACACACAUCUAUAUAUGUAUAUAAAUAUCUGAUUCUACCUUCAAACAAAAGUUUUGUUUUGGGGGGAUUAUUUUUGAGAUGAGACUGUCUCUUAGCCUCUUCAUCUUCCGUUCUGGUAGCACCAACUUCCUCUCGGGCACAGUGGGGGUACUUGACAGUCGUCGCCCUCCUCUGUACAAAUGUGUUGCCGCCUGGGCCCUUGGGCUGGGCCUCGUGUCUGUUUCUUCCUUUAGCCUUGUUACUGGAGGUGACGCGGUGGGAGGGACAGGAAGAAGCCCUUGCUGGUGUGUGUGUGGACAUGCAGAAGCCUGCAGUCUGUCUCAGCACCCCUGGACCCACCCCUGUUUGUUCCAGCAUGUACAGCCCUGAGACAAACCACCCAGCACACUCUGGAGAGGCUGCAGCUCUUUCAGCGGGGCUGGACCCGGCUUCCCGUCAAGAAAGCCGCUCCUCUGCGGAGAGGCGCCCCCGCCCCAACGCCAGAUCCACAGAAGAGCGAGGCGUCGACAGCAGAGAGAACAUUCAAGAUGGGAGUGUCUCUGUGUCCCUCGCUCCCCAAAGACUGUCUCCCAGCUAAGCGCCUCCUUGUUUACUCCCUGGCUGUUUGCUUCAAGUUCGUGGCACAAAGCCAUGGCAGGGGCUUAGCCCUGAGAGCGCUGGGCUGGCCUGGGGUAGGGAACUCCUCCCGCCUUUUAUGGACUGUAGACCUCGGAACUCACAGGGGCCCUGGGUCAGCCAGAGCUGCAGGCCUGCUGGGCAGUGCGUUUUGGGGGGCACUUCCUGUCCAGAUGGCACCUAUAAGUCUGGUAGAAAAGGGGCCCGUUUAUAGAGAGCCCCAGAAGCACAAGGGCUGGUCCCACUGCCCCAGAGCGGAACGACAGCACGGCUGAUCCCCAGCCGAGCCCAGGAAGUGAGGAACGUUUGGAGAGAAACGCGCAGACUGUGGGUCAUUUGUCCCAAGCCCCAGCUGCCUGCUUGCUGUGAGCCAGCAGCAGGCCCAGGCCUCCCUUGAACGUGCCCCCUCUACGCUCUCCAUAUUUUUAGCCUUUCUCCGGGAAGGAGGCGGCAGCCUGCGACUUGCUGCUUUCGAAGGCGAGGGGUCUGCUCGAGCACCCACAGGCUCGCGGAUAACAGUGGGGAGAGCCAGGGCCCGGUGAGGCGGAGUCUGUUCUGUGCCCUGACUUGCCCUGAAUGGAGGGAAAGGCUGACGCUGGCAGGGGCUGCCCGAGACCAUCAUCGCCGGGAGAAAAAAUCAUGGGGAGCAACAAACGACAGCCACAGAAUCCACUUAAAAAGCCCCGUGGCAGCGUGGAAGAGCUAACAGCAGAGAAGGACUGGAGCUGAGGAUCAGGUCACAGUGGGGCGGGGUGCCUGAGGGAGCCCCAGCCUCAAGCCCGGCCUGCCGAGGGCCAGGCCCCCCCGCGGGAUCGGGAUCGGGCGCGUCCUGGACCUGUGCGGGCCAGGCCCCGAAAGGCCAGUGUGGUGCCCGGCGGCCCUUUCCCGGGGAGGGCGUUGCUCACGGAGCCUGCCCUGGGGCCCCUUCUUGGCACCUCAUCUCAACCCAGCAGGUGCUGCCUGGGAAGGAGCUAGCUGGGGUGGGGCUCCCGGUGCCACCCUCAGAGGUUGGGGGCUCCCAGCAAGGCAGGAGCCAACUCAAAGUCAGCAGCGGCCCGGAACCUGACCGAUUACCUCUCUGGUCGGCCACUUCUCCUUGCUCCAGAUGACCUGGAGCGAAUCAGUGGAGAGUCCUGUCAGCCCUUACAACGAGGCGUUUCAGGCUUUCUUGGUAGGAAUUUGGUAGAAAUCAGAGGGAUCAGGGCUUGAGGAGAUGGGCUGGAGAUGAGGGCGGACCCCGUGAGUGGAAGCCUGCGAACGCUCUGGGCCCGCUCAGGCCUGGCCUCUCCACCAAGCGUGACGUCGCGCUGGGACUUGGGGACAGAACCCACAAGCCCAGUCACCGGAGAAGGGGGCCCGGUGGAGGCCGAAGAUGGCCAGGAGCUUCGCGAGCGGCCGGGUGGAAGCGUGUUGGGAAGGUCGCCCGGCCCGAGGCAGCGGAGAGCAGGACAUCAGGACGUGGGAAGGCGGUGGCGCUCCGAGCCUUCCCCCGGGGGUGUCGGCGCCGGUGAGCAUCACGGUCUGCUGGUCCUGGAGAGCAAGAUUGUUGCCAGG